UCAGCUGAUUGACCUUGAAUGAAGUUAUUCGGUAGCUAUGUUAUAGAACACCAAGCAAAUAUUCUUGAAACGCACACUUUUAAACCGCAUCAGAAAAAUAUUGAUUUUACUGGUGAAGUUGCUGACACCUGACGCAAAAAACUCUGCUUAGCGACCAGCUCUACAGGGAAGUAUUUAAAGAUGGGUGGUGCUGUAAGUGCAGGAGAAGACAAUGAUGACCUGAUUGACAAUUUGCUGGAAGCGGACUACAUCAAAAGUCCUGAUGUUGAGCGUGUUUUUCGAGCUGUAGAUCGUGCUCAUUAUUUUACAUCAGAGUUUCGAGAAAAUGCAUAUAAGGACUUGGCGUGGAAAAGUGGGAAUCUUCAUCUCUCAGCACCUUGUAUUUAUAGUGAAGUAAUGGAGAGCCUGCAGUUAUUUCCUGGACUCAGUUUUUUGAAUCUGGGUUCGGGUACUGGUUACCUUAGCACAAUGGCUGGUCUCAUUCUAGGUCCAUAUGGUACUAACCAUGGUAUUGAAAUUCAUGAAGAUGUUGUAAAUUAUGCAAAUAAAAAGCUAGAGGAAUUUAGGAAGAUAUCUCCUGCACUGGAUGAAUAUGAAUUCUGUGAACCAAAGUUCGUGAAAGGAAAUUGCUUGUGCUUGAACAGUGAUGUACGUCAGUAUGACCGAGUCUACUGUGGUGCUGCAUGUCCAGAAAAUCAUGAGAAUUAUAUGAAGAAUCUCAUAAAGGUAGGAGGUGUACUUGUCAUGCCACUGAAUGAUCAAUUGCUGCAAAUUGUUCGAACUUCAGAAACCAGCUGGGACGUAAAAUCUGUGUUGCCAGUUUCCUUUGCAACUCUGCUGUUGCCUGGAAAAACAGAGGUGAAAGAUCAGAUAAAGUUACCUGAAAGUGAGCCAUUGUCACUGCAGGAUGUCUGUAGAUCAUCAAUUCGCACUAUUUUACGCCGUAACGUGGAGGCAGAGCACCCUGAUCUUAAGACUAGGCUACGAAGACAUCCAAAGAAGAAGAGCAUGAAGAAGAAACCUUCACGUCAGUUGGUCAUCCCUAUUUUUGAAGAGUCAGAUAAUGAUGAGUUUGGUACAGGAGCUACAGAUGAUGAUGAUGGAGGAGCAAGAGAUCUUGGAAGAGCUAGUGUGAUCUAUGAUGUCCAGCGCCAGCGUGCUGGCCACAUCACCGCAGUGAUUGAACUGGCACGGAGUUUGGCCGGUCAUAGACGCUCGGUCAGGGUGCAGCAACAGCAACAACAAAAUGAGAACAGCAACAGUGAUGCUCAAAAGAAAGAGGAUGAAAGGAUGGAAGUGACUGUAGAUGCACUUCCUGAUCAGGAAAUUGAGACUGGAAAUAUUGAGUCCAGUGAAGCUGAACAAGUUUCUGUUGAUAAAGCUGUUACUUCUGAGGAAUCGCAAGAAGAAGCAUCAGUAAGCACAACAGCCAUAGCAGAACAAAGGAGGAAGAUCCCGAAGCGAGAAAAAUUUGAUAGUGGCAUUGGUGAUGAAAUUGAAAAUGGGAAAGGUUUGAGUUCUGACUCUGAUCGAGAUGAAGAUGGAGGAGCAUUUAUGGAAGUGGACUCAGAUUCAGACUUUUCAGACCCACUUCCUUCUGCUGGGAAGAGGAGUCAUAGAUCACAAAAUGGUGAGAAGACCUCUUCUCAAGUGGAAGAGUCCCCUUUUCACCCGACUGAGGUAACUCGCAAGUCUUCUGCAGAACGCCGGGCUAGGGGCAGAAAUGUGGCCAGAGAGGCUGUGAUCUGGAAGAGACUUGCGUUUGCAGCUGAUGAGGAGAGUGAUGAGAGAUCUGAAGAAGAGACACAGAAUGGUCCUGCCAGUAAUAUUAUGGAGGCCCGUGAUACACCUGGUGUUCAGACUGAUUCCUAUACCAUUUAUAUGAGAAGUAAAAUUCAGGCCCUCCCACUCCCUCCAAGUCUAAAGGCGUAUAUCAACUUAUACCGGGAGUUUUGAGUUCUUUAUAUGGUGAAGAAGAUUGAAGACUCUGAUGCUUGAAAAUAAUGCUGUAAAACCAAAAUUACUACCAUAGUUAUCAAGCUAUACAAACCUAAUUGAGAUUUUAUCUUAUAUACAUAUAUACAUAUAGCCAUAUCGGUUGGUAAGAUUCCUUUAAAUUCUAGCCUUUAGUAGAUUGUAGCAUCUGGUAAAGUGUUAGGGUUGUUUAACUUGACUGGAAUGUCAGAAAAAUGUUUAAUGUAUAUGACUGUUACAUGUUAGAAUUACUGUGUAAGAUGCUGAAGAACACUGUGAUUGUUAGUGAAAUGAUAUAUACCAUGUAAAUAGGAAUUUCAUCAUAAGAAGCUUCAGUUUACAGGGUGGGGUUUGGUUUACAACUGUACCUUUCCACAGACAAGGAUUUAAGUCUGUUUUCAUGGUGUGAUUAAUAUUUCUAUACUAGAAGGUGAGGAAGUAUAUUCUUUUGUGGUUGUUAAUACUUACUGCCAUGCAUUUUAACUAGUCCAUUUAGGUUGAUUUAAAAAUGUUCUCCAGGUUGGAGUGGGUUCUCCCGUGUGUCACCAUACUGUAUAUGAAUUGCUUCAGGUUCUGCAAAAUAUGGAAGUUGAUAUAUCAAGCAUUCAUAGCAGCUGAUUUCAUUAGUUUUUAAAUUGUUAACAAGCUUAAAAAAUCCCGGAGUAUUAAUUUAGGUAUUUCCAUUCCCAUCUUUUUGACCAUUGAAGCUCAGGAGUGGAAUCAAACUUUUGGUCUGUAAUAUAUUUUGGGUAAUGUAUACUGUUUAUUAGGCACGUGGAAGUCUUGAAUUUUCAAAAUCGAAUUGAUUGAUUCAAACAAUAAUUUUUAAUCUUGAACAUUCUGAGCAAAUACCCAUGAAGCAGAAAGAAAAUACAGAGUCUCUUGGGGUGAACAUCUGAAGGUGGAAACGGAAACAGGAAAUUAUGCCGAGAAUUAUCUGUACCAUAAACAUCAGGCAGUGAAAAGCUGUGGGUAGCUAUGCUCUUGGUAGAGUUGGCAGACAGCGUGCGAUUACCACUGUAUCCAUACUGAAUCAGAAAACUCUGCCAGAAGCACAAUGUCUAUGGGACUGGUAAUCAGCUGUCAUACUGAGAGAUGGAUGAAUAAAUGAGCUGAUGGGAGACUGCUUACAAGUUGUUUUUGACAUGAGACCAAGCAUAUUGUUGAGAAAAUCAGGAACGUUUAUGUAGGAUGCAUUUGGUACUAAAUGUCAGAUCUGUGAGUCAUGCAAUGAUUGCACACUCUUUGGUCAUACUUGAGGUAUGAGCUGCUUAAGAAUGGUUUGAGUCAGUUGUAUUCUGAAUGGCAAAUUGUAGUGGACCAUAUUCUAGUAUGAACCAGGGCAAUGAAACCGUGUCAGGGGAGCAGGACCAUUGCAAUGGUUUUCUCGAGAAAAGACAGUCAGAGGAUGUUAAAUUGCUGUAUACCUUAUGUUGUAGUAGGAACGGAGAGUGGGGAAGAAGUUGGGAAUGAGAGCAGUGAAUAUGAGGCAAGAUAGGAUUUAUGAAGAAAUUGAACUUGAGAAAGUUAGUAGGAGUGGUGAACAGAAUGAGACCAGUGCAGCUGAAUAAAGACUAGUGACUUCAGGGAGGAAACUGACUCAUUAAAUGUUAUGUGUAACAUGUUUUUCUUUCACAUGUCUGUAGUAAGAGAAUGCUUUCUCUGUGCACACGUUUCCUAGCGUGACGUGGUACAGUAGGAAUUAUCUUCCAUGUUAGUAGAUAAAGUAGCACACUGAAAAAAACGACUUGUGUUAUGAAGUGAAAAUUCUGGUAUAUAGAGCCUGAUUCUCUAAAUUUUUCCAAAUUAUUGUUUCGAACUUGAAAAGUCAUUCUCACACGUGCCUUCUGUUUAUACCUUAUCUUGAACAGAAUUGGUGGUUUGGUUAGUAUACUAAUAGUAAAGAAAUAUUGUAAGAGAAACAUAUGUAAAUAACUUUAUAAUGGGAACAACAUCUUUAAGAUCAUUUUGAAGACAAAGGCCUUAUUUUCUAAAAUAAAAUGGACUAAGUGUAGGGUAGCCACGUUGACUUAAUGCCAGAAAUGUCUUCAUUUGCUUUCAGCAUUAUGUUUUCCACUAAUUUAAGUUCUUUAAAUUCUGUUCGUUAUUUUAUUUCAGAAUUUAUUUUUACAUGAAACUAAGCUGGUUAAAAAUCUAUGCUAUGGAAAGGAAAAGAGGUGGUGAGAUUAAAGUGCAUUAUGGUAGAACACGUACAGUGUAAAGGUCCCUUUGAUAUAUGCUUGAAGGAUUGGUACUGAAUGUUUUAUUUGUGUAUAGAAGUUUUUGGCAUUGUGUGCCAGUGGAGUUACAGUUACAAGCGUUUUAUUCUUUCUUCCUGUUUUACUUAACACAGUAUGUUUGAGGUCAUUUGGUGCAUUAUACUGUUUAAGUGUUUAUCUGUGUUUAGAUUUAUUUUCCACUAUGAGGUGUCUUUUUGUUUGGUUUGGGUCUCCUGUUUACUUACUGUAUUGCAUUUUGUUAUUAUAUUGCACAGUUCUUAAAUUUGUACUGAAUAAAGAUGUAACAUGAAUAUUAA